CCAGCGCUCCCAUCGCCGAACGCAACCGACAUAUUCCGCGAAUGUGCGAGCUGCUCCCUUGCAAGCAGCCAUAAUUGGGAUUAUUCAAAAAAUAAUUCGCUAAAUCUAGCCAUUAUUAUGUUUGAUUUUAUCCAGAUUUCGGGAGGGUUCCUCAGACAGAACUGCAAUUGACCAUGCUGGAUUUCGUGUGAAUUCUUUAUAUUUUCGGUGAUGGAGAUUUUUAUUAUGGACUAUUAAGCUUUUGUCUCCCUUCGCUGUGGAGAGCAAAACAAAGACUGCACAUUAUUUCCGCGUACAUCAACUGCCUUCGAUGUGAAAUAUGAAAAAGCAGGCAUUGACCGAGGACAUUGUGUCUCUAAACGAAUUGUUCUCUUGUCAUUAGUCUACCAGGACGAUAUCCACGAAGAGGAUGCGCGAUCUUUUUUCAUAACGUUGGUGGGUGGGUUAUAAUAAGCAUUGAAAAUCUGACAUCAUUUGGAUAUAUGAACAAAACAUUUUUUUUCCCCGCGUAUGUUCCAGUCAUCGUCGGUUUUAUUUGUGAUCUGGAUAUCCAUCUUCGACGUGAUGCUACAUGAAAUCGCCUUUUAUUAUCAUCAGAGGAUGUUACACGGGGACAAAAUCCAGAACACAUCCUCCUCCUUCGCUAUCUGAAACCGAGAAAAGGGAGGCUGUGAAUAUUGGUCUACCUUCACAGAGACCCCACAGCAUCCAUAACCUAGAUAUCUCUGUUUGGUGAUCAGCUGUGGAUGAUCAGAUAUCCCUGUAAUGCGUUAGGUUUAGUAUAGCCCUGUGCCGUGGAGGAGGAUUUAUGGAUAACAGGUGUUGUUUUGGCUUGACAGCACACCGAGAGCAUGAGGCUGAAACACAGCUUUUCUCCUAACUCGAACAACAUCGGACCGAGGCGUUGGGGAUCAUUUGUUACAGUUUAGAACCGUUCAUUUGACCAAAUAAAGGGAUGAGAGGUGGUGAGGUCCUGGCCGUAGAGGAACCAUGAGCCUGGUCUUAGAGUAGCUCCUCCCAGCCCCACCUUGCGAGACGAGAGAGCGAGAGCCUUGGGAGAGCCACCAGCGGCUGUAGGAGGAGUGGUGGUGUUUAACAGGGGCUCUUCCUCGCCACCGCAGCUCCGGUGGUGUAUCGGGUCACCAUGGCUAACCAGAGCUUCGCCAUCGACGGCCCUGGUAGCCUUCUGGCGGUGUUGGCCUCGCAGAGCCAGGCCAAAGGAGGCGGCAGCACUGGCGGCGGCGGCGGCGGCGGCAGCGGCGGCGGGGGGAUCUCGGCCUCGGACGUCUCCGCUUACUUUAAGCUGAUCUUCCUGGGGUUGAUCAUCUGCGUCAGCCUGGCGGGGAACCUGCUGGUGUCACUGCUGGUCCUGCGCGACCGGGCGCUGCACAAGGCCCCCUACUUCUUCCUGCUGGACCUGUGCCUGGCCGACGCAGUCCGCUCCGCCGCCUGCUUCCCCUUCGUCCUGGUGUCGGUCCACAACAGCUCCGCCUGGACCUACAGUGCCUUGAGUUGUAAAGUGGUGGCGUUCAUGGCCGUGUUGUUCUGCUUUCACGCCGCCUUCAUGCUGUUCUGUGUGGCCGUCACCCGCUACCUGGCCAUCGCCCACCACCGCUUCUAUGCCAAGCGCAUGACCAUCUGGACCUGUGCGGCCAUCAUUUGCAUGGUCUGGACACUGGCCAUCGCCAUGGCUUUCCCGCCCGUGUUCGACGUGGGGACGUACAAGUUCAUCCAGGACGAGGACCAGUGCAUCUUUGAGCACCGCUACCUGAAGACCAACGACACGCUGGGUUUCAUGCUCAUGCUGGCCGUGGUGGUGCUGGCCACCCACGGCUUCUACGCCAAGCUGCUGCUCUUUGAGUAUCGGCACCGCAAGAUGAAACCCGUUCAGCUGGUGCCAGCCAUCAGCCAGAACUGGACCUUCCACGGCCCCGGGGCCACCGGCCAGGCCGCAGCCAACUGGAUCGCCGGGUUCGGCAGGGGCCCCAUGCCGCCCACUCUGCUUGGCAUCAGGCAGAAUUUACACAAUCAACACCGACGCCUGCUGGGGAUGGAGGAGGUGAGGUCAGAGAGGAGGCUGGGCAGGAUGUUCUACACCAUCACCCUGCUGUUCCUGGUGCUCUGGGCUCCCUACAUCGUGGCCUGCUUUUGGAGGGUGUUUGUCACGUCCUGGGCCAUCCCACACAGGUACCUCUCCAUCACCGUGUGGAUGAGCUUCGCCCAGGCCGGCGUCAACCCCAUCUUCUGCAUCCUGCUCAACGAGGACCUGAGGAAGGUGCUGAGAGCGAACCUGCCCACCUAUUGGAGGACUAAACAAAACCUGCCUCAGGAUGAGGCCUACUGCAUCAUGUGAUGCGGCCUACCGCAUCAUGUGAUGAGGCCUACCGCAUCAUGUGAUGAGUUUUACCUCAUCGUGUGAUGAGGUCUACUGUAUCAUGUGAUGAGUUCUACUUUAUCAUGUGAUGAGUUCUACCUCAUCAUGUGAUGAGUUCUACUGUAUCAUGUGAUGAGUUCUACUUUAUCAUGUGAUGAGUUCUACCUCAUCAUGUGAUGAGUUCUACCUCAUCGUGUGAUGAGGUCUACUGCAUCAUGUGAUGAGUUCUACUUUAUCAUGUGAUGAGUUCUACCUCAUCAUGUGAUGAGGUCUACUGUAUCAUGUGAUGAGUUCUACCUCAUCAUGUGAUGAGGUCUACUGUAUCAUGUGAUGAGUUCUACUUUAUCAUGUGAUGAGUUCUACCUCAUCAUGUGAUGAGGUCUACUGUAUCAUGUGAUGAGGCCAACUACACCAUGUGAUGAGUUCUACUGUGUCAUGUGAGGAGGUCUACUGCAUCAUGUGAGGAGGUCUACUGCGUCAUGUGAUGAGUUCUACUGCGUCAUGCGAUGAGUUCUACUGCAUCAUGUGAGGAGGUCUUCUGCAUCAUGUGAUGAGGGGACGGCAAGGCGUAUAUCCAAGAUCAAAUACAAUAACAAAAUAAUAAUUCACGAAGAUAAACUACAUUAACCAAAAAAAAGUCAAAGUGUACGAGUUAAGUUAUAGUAUAAUUUAUGUUUGAGAGGAGCCCGGGCAGUAAACGAUGCACCUUGAUAAGUGUCCACGUCUGUGUUCUUUAUUUUGAUUAAGAGUGCUGAGAUUUCACUGAAAUUACCUGACAAGAUUGUGUUUGAGAAACGAGCAAAGAGGGAAACAGAAAAAAAUAAAUGAGUAAAUUGGGUUUCACAGACUGUAUGACAAAUGUGUGAAAGAUCAAUGAAAAAACAAUCAUCAAUACCAAGCCAGUAUGACAGACACCAUUUAAUAUAAUGUUGCCUUAUUUCAGAGGGUCAUGUUGUAUAGUUUGGCGUCUUUGGGGGCCUGAGCCUGAAGAGAUACACAGCGGACUGAAAAUCUUUCAAUUAAUGUGUCAACGGACUUUCAAUGGAGAAUGUUCUUUUAAUGUGGUUCCAGACGGGGAAACACAACACACAAUAACACAGAAUUACGAAUGGAUUCUUUAAUAUUAACCCUAACGCCUUUUUCAUAGGUUUCAGAGGAAACUGCAAAACAUGAAGUGGAAAAGACAUUCUUGGAACCAUUUGCGAAGCGGUUAUGCGCCCAAAGCCCUAACAUGCUUGAUGUUUUUGGACUUCAUUCCGGGACUGUCAGGAUUAUUUGUACUAUAAAAAAAUGCCUGUUUUCCUUUGUUUGUAAACUAUACAUGUUGAGCAGAUGACACUAUUUUGAAAUAUGACUUGAUUUAAUAUUGUACAGACUGUAGGGAUUAAUAUAUUUCGGCUCUUUUUUCUAUGAUAUUUGUUUGUGUGUGUGUGUGUGUGUGUGUGUGUGUGUGUGUGUGUGUGUGUGUGUGUGUGUGUGUGUGUGUGUGUGUGUGUGUGUGUGUGUGUGUGUGUGUGUGUGAUGGAGAGAAAUAGCAUAGUGAGUGUAAGUGUGAAAGAGUAAAGUGACAAGAAGGGAAAGAAAGAGUGAGAGAAAGAUUGAAAGGGAUUGAAACAGAUGAAGGUAAAAUACUGAAGAUUGACCAAAUGGUUGCAUAAAAUGCCAUUUUUAUAGUAAAUUUAUUUUGUUGGCCUAAAGAUACAAGUCUUUUCCAAAAAACAUCCUCUAGUUAUUGCAUCCUUGCAAUUGCUGCAACGGACGAUAUGGUAUGUAUUUUGGGAUUUAAUCAGAAAACAUUGUAUAAAUGAAUGAUUGUGAGCAGAGAAAAUGUAAUAAACCAACCUGCACAUUCUAAGAAAAGGUCAUUAAUUUUAAUGCGACUUUGAUAAUGACGUGACGUUUUCUUUAAAUAUUGCUAAAUAAUUAAAAUGGAUUUUUUUUGGUUGCAAAAGAUCCCCCUCAAAUUAGUAUUAAUAUUUAAACUAUUAAACAGUGCCAGGUUUCAUGACGGCCAUAUCUCUCGAUGGCUACUAUAUUUGUCUUUAAUUCAUGAUUACAGUUCAUUCCAAAUAUAUAUUUGGGAAAUGCUUUUAAGAUUUUGGUUGGGUGCACAGAAACAGGCUUUGGCCAAGUUGGCUCUCCAAGUGAAGAUUUAUGUAAUGAAAAUGUCUGACCCAUGUUGGGCAUACAUGCAUAUUUGUGCAGUAGGAUUUCUUAAUGUGUACACUUGCACAACAUACUGUAUUAGCAUGCAUUUAACUGCAUUUCAUAGAUCUGAGAAUGGAGAUCAAACUGUAUAGCUGAUGGAAAGGCUUGGAAGUUCGAAGUGAAAUGAGGUCCAUUGUUUUUGUGUCUGGCAAUUCCUUCGCAAGACAAUAUUAUGUAUCUGUACAGUUAAACUGAGUAGGUUAUUUUGCCCACUCAUUAAUAAAGACUCUACUUUUGAUGCUU